UGACGAAUGCGCUUGGAUGAACGAACGAAUCGCUGUGGAUGAGCAAGUGCGAAAGUACAAUGUGUUGUUUUCGGCAAGGCGCGGCUAUUAUGUGUGCGGAAAGGAGUGCGCAAAUGUACGGCAAUUUUUUUCGAAAGUGCAAAUUGCGAGUUCAUAGAAGAAAUUAAACAAGAAAAAGAAAGAAUUAAAAAGGAGUAAAAAAAAAAAGGAUGAUGAUUAAUUCUAUAGAUGAAGAAACAAAAGAAAGUUACUGGCUACUCCGAUGAUGACGAUGCACUAAACUUUAAUAGAGGAUGUUUAAUGUGAAACUAAGCAAUAAAUGGAUGCACUGGCCUGGAAUGGGCUGUGGCUUAAAAUAAGUAUCUAGUAGGAAGCACAGAGAAAAAAUUGCGACACACAGAGAUAGUUGUUGCUAAGAAGAGACAAAACGUAAGCAACGAGUAGAAAAAGAUUACGUGCAAGUGCACCACCACCACAAUAAUAAGCACUGGUUUAAUUCAGUUUAUCGGCCUAUCGAGACAGUCAUAACGAUAGUGAAGAGAAGACGAGACUGUUAGUCAUCUACUGAGUGUGCAGUAAAACAGAAUCAAACAGCAAAAACAAAAAAAAAAGAGCAGGAAUACAAUAAUAAUACAACAAUGGCAGUCAACGUAUACUCCACAAAUGUGACUACCGAAAAUUUAUCCAGACAUGAUAUGCUCGCUUGGGUAAACGAUUGUCUGCAAGCGCAAUUUGGUAAAAUUGAAGAGCUCUGCACUGGCGCUGCUUAUUGCCAGUUCAUGGAUAUGCUGUUUCCCGGCUCGGUACCAAUGAAAAGAGUCAAGUUCCGCACAAAUUUGGAACAUGAAUAUAUUCAGAAUUUUAAAAUCUUACAAGCUUCUUUCAAAAAGAUGGCCGUUGACAAGAUUAUACCAGUCGAUAAGUUGAUAAAGGGUCGUUUUCAAGACAAUUUUGAAUUUUUACAAUGGUUCAAAAAAUUCUUCGAUGCAAAUUACGAUGGGCGCGAGUAUGAGCCGCUAAUAGCACGUAGUGGUAUCAAACUGGGCAAUGGCAUUGGUGGUGGCGGCGGCAGUAGUGGCCGUGGCAGUAGCAACGAUUUACUCGAGAAACGACACAUAGUACAGAUGCCAAAUCGAACACACGCGCUACCGGCUGUAACUCAACGCACUAGCGGUAGGCCGGACAGAGGUGGAGUCUCUAAAGUACCACCUCGCGCUGCACCAUCUGUCGUAACUAAGACAGUUGCCGUGAAUAAUACCACCGGUGCGGUCAAGAAGUCUGGCGAUGCCUCUAAUGCGGUAUCAAAUCAACAAAUUGAAGAAUUGUCCAAUCAGGUAAUGGAUAUGCGUUUAAACUUGGAAGGAUUGGAGAAAGAGAGAGAUUUCUAUUUCUCAAAAUUGCGUGACAUAGAAAUUCUCUGCCAAGAAGCUGCAGAAGGUGACCCGCAUCCUUUAAUACAGAAGAUUUUGGAUAUUAUGUAUGCGACCGAGGUAAAGCGCAACACUUCUGAUGGUUUUGCGCCUCCGGAUGAAAUUCCGCCCGAGGAUGAGGAGUAUUAAGAGCAACAACUCACAAGGAGGAUUGAUUACAGAACUGCAACAUAAACAGAAACAGAUACUGAGAAAAAAUAUUAUAAUAUACAAAAGAAGAUUAAAAAUAAUAAUACAAGAAUUUAAGCAUAAUAAACUAUGUUAAACAUGAUGGAUAAAUGUUGAAAAUA